CAUUAAACUCACAACACACAAAUUCUUCUAUCUAUCUCUCUCUCUCUCAGCUCUCUAACUAUGAAGUUCCUUUCAGCUGCAAUUUGCUUGCUGCUCCUCAUUUUUGGCACUGGCAUGGCGCCAAUGGUUGCAGAGGCCAGGCUUUGCGAAACUCCGAGCGCCAACUUCAGGGGGCUAUGCUUUAGUAACAACAACUGUGGCCAUGUGUGCAAGGGAGAGGGGUUUAACGAUGGCGCUUGCAGGGGCUUCCGCCUUCGCUGCUUAUGCUCAAAGCAGUGUGUUUGAUAUGUUCUUCACCAACAACAUCCACACAUCUUCAACUAAUUCUCUAUUUACUUUCCAAGUUGUAUCAAUAAAGUGGUCAUCCUCUUUGGCCCCUCCUUUUUUGUGAUUUUGCUUUAAUGUAGCUCUUUAAUUACAUUGUGUUUUGGAAUUUUGGUUUAUGCAAUAAUAUGCGUAUACGGGUGUUGUUUAUGUUA